AAAAUCCAGUUAAAUAGCCUCCCCCCUUCCAUUUUCCAAACAGAAGUAUGUAGGUUUAGAUAUGUGAGGAAAGUUGGGGCAUAGAAGGGCAGGCAUAGGUAGGAUAAGGAAUAGGGGAGAGAGGAGGGAAAAGGAGAAGAAAGGGUUGACUUAGAAUUGGAACAUGCUUCCUUCCAGUCAUCAGUUUGCCAUGAUGGAAACCUGGAUGCUUCUUUUCCUCCUUUUAAUUCUGCCCAGCAAGCCACAAGGGACAGGGCCCAGGACCAUCAUGCACCUGAAGUUGCAGGAUUCUUUUCCUGGGAACCUCUCAGUAGCCUCCCAUGUCCAGGAGUUUCUUGAGAAGGCUUGUCAUUUCCUGAAACUCCCAUUAGGGACCAAUAUCACCCUCCUAAGCCCAGGAUCACCUCAUCAUGUCACCUGCUACAGCAGAUGGUAGCAAUGCCAUGCAGGAAUGAUCCUCACACAUCAAAACUUCUCUCCUCAGAUAUCCACCCACCCAAACAAUGGAGUUGGGGGGCUAAUACUUGACUUAGCCUCACAGAUCCUCGCCCUGCGGGGCAUCUUAAUAAAGAUGUGGAUAUUGA